UUUUUUUUCCCUUUGUUUGGUUUCUUGUCUCUCGGCGUUGCCGCACAUGCGAUUCUUGAUUCCACACAUACCCCCGGAUCAUUGGGUUUAGGGUGCCCUGUCGGUUGUCAUCCUGUCCGACAUGUCGUUUCUCAUAGCUCUCUGGCACACGCUCUGGGACGUCGUGUGGUUCUGGCAGGCGAGGACCGUCUCGUACUUGUUCGAGCGCUCCAAACUACAAGAGUACGCCCAUGACCUCCGUACCGCGUCGACCUACGAACAAUGGGCCGAGGCGGCACAGAACCUCGAUCUCGGCCUCGGUCUUGACCUGUGGCGCCACGACCCGACGAGCAAGGACUACGACUUCCGGCUGAUCAACGAACGGCUGCGGCUUAUCGCCAACGCCCGCAAGGCCGGAGACGUCUACGAGCUCAUCAACACGCUGCGCACGGGACUCGUCCGCAACCUGGGCAACAUCACCAGCCCUAAGCUUUUCAAUUGCGCCUUUGCCGGCACCAAGCACCUCAUUGAGGAAUAUGUCCAGCAGUUUGUCGAGGCGAUCCAGGAGAUCGUCAUGCUGCCGCCGCCGCCACAGGACGAGAGGCAGCCGACAGUGGAAUGGUUUGCCCCGGAGUGGGAAGACGGCGAGCUGGGCGGGAGCGGUAGCAGCGGCGCCGGUAGCGGAUUCGAGGGUGGCGGUGACGAGAAGAGCGCCAUCAGCGCUGCCGCCGCCGCGCGUCUCAGCAAGGGCGGCAUGGCCAAGGCGACACUCCCGACGCAGCACUUGCUCGACUUUGUCCACGACACCAGACAGGGUUUCGGCCGGACUGCACUCGUGCUGCAGGGCGGUGCCAUAUUCGGCCUCUGCCAUCUCGGCGUAGUCAAGGCCCUGUACUUACGGGGCUUGCUGCCGCGCAUCAUCAUCGGCACGGCGACUGGAGCCAUGAUGGCCGCCUUGGUCGGGGUCCAUCCCGAGGAGGAACUCCCCCGGAUACUGACGGGCGACGGCAUUGAUCUUUCGGCGUUUGCGGCCAACGGUAGGGACCCGGAGGGCCACAACAAGCGGGUCAUGCAGUCCCUGUGGACGAAGUGGGCUACUCUUAUCAGGAGGGUGCGCCGGUUCCAGAGGGAGGGCUACUUUCUGGAUGUCAAGGUCCUCGAGGAGUGUGUCCGGGCGAAUGUGGGCGACCUUACCUUCGAAGAGGCCUACAAUCGCAGUAAGCGGGUCCUCAACAUCACCGUCGUCACGGCCGGGCAGGAGGGCAUUCCGACCCUCCUCAAUUACAUCACCGCCCCCAAUGUGCUGGUCUGGACGGCCGCGGUGGCUUCCAACGCCUCCUCGACCACCUUCUAUGGCCACCGGCAGACGAAGAUCCUCUGCAAGGACGCCCACGGUAACAUCACCCCUUGGGCGCCCGCCGACACGGUCGAUUUUCGCCACUGGACAUUCGCGUCGUACACUGACCGCAACGCGCCCCUCCAGCGCGUCGCCGGCCUAUUCAACGUCAACCACUACAUUGUCAGCCAGGCGCGUCCCUACCUGAUUCCCUUCCUUCAGUCGGACAUGCACGGGCCGUCGACGUCGCAGCAAUACGGCAGCAUAGGGUGGGACCCGCGGCAGCACGGAAGCAUGUUCGCGGCGGCGCGGACCUUCAUCACGCGCAUUAUCGGCCUGGAGACGCGCCAUCGCCUGCGACAGCUCGACCGUCUCCACCUCCUGCCGCCGUUGAUCCGCCGAUUCCUCGUCGACGAGCACCUGCCCGGGCCCAGCGUCACGCUGGUGCCGCAGGUCGGCCUGACCGACUUUGUGCGGCUGCUGGAGACGCCCACGAAGGAGACGCUCGAGUACUGGAUCCUGCGUGGCGAGCGCAGCGUGUGGCCGGCCGUGGCCGCGCUAUGGGUGCGGUGUGCCGUCGAAAUGGAGCUGGACCGUGCGUACCAGGAGGUCAGUAGGUACAAGGCGGGCGACCUGAGGAGGAAGGCAAGCGAGAUUGAGCAGCUAGGGAGGGAGGUAAUGGGGGCGAACGGGGAGCGGUUGGCCGGUGCUGCAGGUGAGAACAUGGGGGUCGGAGGAGGGCAGCAGCUGGUCAUGACGGUGCAACGGCCGAGGGCGUGGAGCAUAAGCGCGAGGUGCCCGCCGAGCGCGAAGACGGUGCUUUGAUCCUCCUCCUCCUCCUCCUCCUCCUCCUGUUGGGUCUC